AUGAACGCUUUGAUCUUCGGUGAUCAGACUGCAGACCAGUAUGUGCUUCUGCGAAAGGCUGUCACGUGGAAAGACAAUGCACUGCUCAAGACAUUCCUGGAGCGCAUCAGUGUUGUGCUACGAGAAGAGACACAGAAGCUGCCGCGGUCGCAGCGAGAGCAGAUACCAGACUUCCUCACGGUCGGAGACUUGGUGGAAGCGUACUACGCCACGAGCUCAAAGGUCGCUCAACUCGAGAGCUGCAUGGUGACAAUAGCACAACUAGCGCACUACAUCGGCUACUACGGCGAGAACCUCGCAGAACUGCCAAACGCUGCCAACACAAGAGUACUCGGGCUGUGCACUGGUGUGGUCGCAGCGUCUGUGGUUGCGUCCUCCAGGAGCAUAGGUGACCUGUUGCCGCUCGCCGUCGAGGCUGUUCGGAUCGCCUUCCGCACGGGCACCUGCGUCGGCACGGCGGCGGAGGCAAUCGACGGCUCACGCGACAGCUGGUCUACGAUUGUGGCAGGAAUCUCCGAACAUGCGGCAACGAGUGCCAUGGCGGACUUCCACCGCGAGCGCAACAUGGCCGUGGCGGCACAGGCCUACGUUAGCGCUGUUAGCGUGAUGGCCAUUACCGUCAGCGGUCCACCAUCAACCACCAAACGCCUCUUCGCCGAAGCAGAUGCCUUCAACAACACCACCCGCGUGCCCAUCCCCGUGUACGCGCCUUACCACGCGCCUCAUCUCUACAGCCAUGCCGACAUUGAGCGCAUCUUGAGCGGCCCAUUGGUCGAGCUCUUCAAGAACGCGCGCCCUCAUGCACUCGUCCACUCGGCCUCGGAUGGCCGGUGCCAUGGUGCGACCAACACGCUGGAUCUCCUCCGAAGUGCUUUGAGCGACGUUCUCCUCGAGCCCGUCCGAUGGGACAGCCUGUUGGAAGAAGCAGUCUCUCAGAUCACGAGCGUUAGCAAUGCCGAGGCGUCGGUCUCCGCCGUCGGUGUCACCAACGUCGUGAACAGCCUUGCCUCCGCCCUCAAGGCUGGCGGCCAAUCUUCCGUCAAGGUCCGCGACCACACUGCUUGGGCCGUCAAGUCCGAACACUCCAAAGGCCGCACACAAAACGACAAGAUCGCCAUCGUCGGUAUGGCUGGGCGCUUCCCUAGCGCUGCCUCUCACGACCAGCUGUGGGAGCUGCUCGAGAAGGGCCUCGAUGUUCAUCGCGAGGUGCCUUCUGAUCGCUUCGACGCCCAUGCUCACUGCGACCCUUCUGGAAAAGGGAAGAACAAGAGCCACACUCCGUAUGGCUGCUUCAUCGACGAGCCAGGACUCUUUGACCCUCGUUUCUUCAACAUGUCGCCUCGCGAGGCCGCCCAAACCGAUCCUAUGGGCCGACUUGCCCUCACGACUGCUUACGAGGCUCUGGAAAUGUCUGGCUAUGUACCCAACCGGACUCCCUCCAGCAAGCUUGAGCGUAUUGGGACCUUCUACGGGCAGACUUCAGAUGAUUGGCGUGAGAUUAAUGCCGCCGAGAACGUUGACACCUAUUUCAUCACUGGUGGUGUGCGCGCUUUCGCACCUGGCAGGAUUAACUAUUACUUCAAGUUCUCUGGUCCAUCCUACAGCAUCGAUACCGCCUGUUCAUCAUCUCUCGCCGCCAUCCAGCUUGCUUGCACCUCCCUCUGGGCUGGUGACUGCGACACUGCUUGCGCUGGUGGCCUGAACGUCUUGACAAAUCCUGACAUUUUCUCCGGCCUGAGCAAAGGUCAGUUCCUGUCUAAGACUGGCAGCUGCAAGACCUACGACAACGAUGCCGACGGCUAUUGCCGUGGUGACGGUUGCGGUACCGUCAUUCUUAAGCGCUACGAAGAUGCCGUCGCAGAUAAGGACAACAUCCUUGGAUGCAUUCUCGGAGCUGCUACUAACCACAGUGCCGAGGCUGUCUCGAUCACCCAUCCCCACGCUGGCGCGCAAGAGUACCUCUACAAGAAAGUGCUUGCUAAUGCCGGCAUUGAUGCUCACGAUAUCAGCUACGUCGAGAUGCACGGAACUGGUACUCAAGCAGGUGACGGCAUUGAGAUGACUUCAGUCACUAAUGCGUUCGCGCCGCGCAACCGCCAACGCAAGCCCGAGGAGACUCUCCACCUUGGUGCCAUCAAGGCAAACAUUGGACACGGAGAAGCGGCCUCUGGCAUCAACUCUUUAAUCAAAGUCUUGAUGAUGAUGAAGAAGGACGCUAUCCCUGCCAAUGUAGGUAUCAAGGGCGUCAUGAACAAGACUUUCCCCAAAGACCUGCUUCAGCGCAACGUCCAUAUCGAGACUAAGCAGGUUGCCUGGCCCCGCAAGGGCGCUGAGAAGCGAAAGUUGUUUUUGAACAACUUCUCCGCAGCAGGCGGUAACACCGCCAUUGUGAUGGAGGAUGGCCCUUUGCGCGAGGUUCCUAUGGCUGUUGAUCCUCGCAGCCUUCAAACGAUCGCCGUCACUGGCAGGUCGAUCGCCUCGCUUAAGAAGAACAUCAACAACCUGAUCCAAUAUCUUGACCAGCAUCCUGAGACCAUGCUUACCAGCUUGGCAUACACGACCACUGCCCGCCGCAUUCAGCACAACUACCGCGUUGCAGUCUGCGUAAACGACAUCGACAUGGUCAAGGCUACCCUGCAAGCACAGCUGAAGGACACCUACAGCCCCAUCGCAAUGGUGCCAACGAAGACAGCUUUCACCUUCACUGGACAAGGCUCUCAGUACACCGCUCUUGGGAAGAAGCUUUAUGAUGAGCUAGACACCUUCAAGGCAAAUAUUGAGCAGCUCGACAACCUUGCUCGUCUGCACCAAUUCCCAUCAUUCAUCCCUCUCUUGGACGGUACCGAUGUUGCUACACUAUCUCCUAUCGUUAUGCAGCUCGGUAUGGCCUGCAUUCAAGUCGCGCUUUCUCGUAUGUGGGCUUCUUGGGAAGUUAAGCCCGUCGCUGUGAUUGGUCACAGUCUCGGUGAAUAUGCUGCUCUUCACGUUGCUGGUGUGAUCUCCGCCAGUGACAUGGUUCUGCUUGUCGGUCGUCGCGCACAGCUCCUCGAGCAAGAGUGCACCGCUAAUACCCACGGCAUGCUUGCCGUGAAAGGCAGUGUCGAAGCCAUCAGUGAGGCUCUUGGCAGUUAUAUGACCGAGAUUGCCUGCAUGAACGGUCCCGAAGAGACUGUCCUCUGUGGCACUGUGGAGGUUGUUGACUCCACGAACGAGAAGCUUGCCUCAAAGGGCUUCAAGGCGACCAAGCUGAACGUGCCAUUUGCCUUCCACUCCGCUCAGAUUGAACCCAUUCUCGAGAAGUUCAAGGCUUCUGCGGCUUCCAUUGUCUUCAACAAACCGGAGGUGCCAGUGCUGUCGCCUCUGACAGGAGAAGUCAUCCGUGAGGUUGGUGUCAUCGGGCCCGAAUACCUCGCCCGCCAUGCGCGCGAGACCGUCAACUUCUGGGUCGCCCUUAACACCGGGAAGGACCAGAAGGCUUUCGACGAGAAGACAGCUUGGGUCGAGAUUGGUGCUCAUCCAGUCUGCAGCGGCAUGGUCAAGUCUUCUCUCGGGGCGUGGUCGCCCACUACUGCAGGAUCACUGCGCCGCAACGAAGAUCCAUGGAAGACACUCACCAACAGCAUCACCACUCUCUAUCUAUGCGGUGUAGCAUUCGAUUGGAAUGAGUACCAUAGGCAGUUCAACGAUGCCCAGGAGCUCCUGGAGCUCCCCACAUACUCGUUCGAUCACAAGAAGUACUGGCUCGACUACCACAACAAUUGGACUCUCACCAAGGGCGAGGCUCCUCGUGUCGCUGAAUCCAAGGCCAUCGAGGUAGCGCCUGUACCCGUUGCUUCCAAGCUUUGCACCACGUCUUGCCACUGUAUCGUUCGCGAGGAGCUUCACGCUAACUCCGGAACUGUUGUUAUUCAGUCGGACCUCUCCGAUCCUAAGCUCAAGGCUACAAUCAGCGGCCAUCAGGUCAAUGGCAAUCCGUUCUGCCCUUCGUCGCUAUACGCCGAUCAGGCUAUGACGGUUGCGGAUUACUUAUACAAGCAACUGCGCCCCAACCUACCCACUCCUGGCUUGAACGUGUGCCACAUGGAAGUAACAAAGGGCUUGAUUCCCGAGUACCCUGCCCCUCCUGUCGGACAGCAUCUCCAGAUCGAGGCUACGGCCGACCUUGAGACCAAUCGAGUUGAGGUUAAGUAUCGUACUGUCCCUGCUGACGGGUCCAAGGUGCUCGCUGAGCACGCUUUUGGUACCGUCAAGUAUGAAGAUGUCAACGCUUGGAGGGAGGAUUGGUCCCGCAUCCAGUUCAUGGUGCAGAACCAGAUCGACACUCUCACGCACAAGCUCCAGACCGGUGCAGCACACAAGGUUCUGCGCGGCAUGGCUUACAAGCUCUUCAAGGCCCUAGUUAACUACGCCGACAAUUAUCGGGGCAUGGAGGAAGUAAUCCUGGAUGGCAAGACAACCGAGGCAACCGCGGCUAUCAAAUUCCAGACCACCCCAGCAGACGGCGAAUUCUUCUGCUCACCGUAUUGGAUCGACAGUUUGGCUCACUUGUCAGGCUUCAUCGUCAAUGCGUCCGAUCAUCUUGACUCCGACAACUCCGUCUACAUCUCUCACGGUUGGGGCUCCAUCAGAAUCUCCAAGACCUUGUCACCGGAGAAGAAGUACCGCUCUUAUGUGCGCAUGAUGCCUCAGCCGAACAAUGUGUCCGCUGGUGACGUCUACAUUCUUGAGGGUGACGAGGUCAUCGGUAUGGUCACUGGCUUGAAGUUCCAGAACAUCCCACGCCGCGCUCUCAACAUCAUGAUGCCGCCUCCUGGAGCCGCAAAAGCUGGCACUGGUCCCGUCAGGGCCGCCCCUGCCAAAGUCGCUAUUGCAGCUCCUGCUCCCGCAAAGGGCCAAAGCGCCCCAGCUAAGAUCUCCGCCAAACCCGCCGCCAAGACCAAGGCUGUCAAGGCUCCCAAGCAGUCCGCCAACUCUAUCAGUUCUCGAGUUAUGAGGAUCAUAGCCGAGGAGACUGAUGUUGACAUGUCGGAGCUCGUCGACGAGGCUGCUUUUGAGAAUCUCGGAGUUGAUUCACUCAUGUCCCUCACCAUCUCUGCCAAGUUCCGUGAGGAUUUAGACAUGGAUAUUAGCUCCACUCUCUUCAUCGACUAUUCGACUGUCGGCGAGAUGAAGAAAUACUUCUCUCAUUACGAUGGUGGGGCCCCUCUGCUUGAGGAUGACGCCGAUUCCGACACCACUGAGGAGACCUCGGACAUAUCGACUCCCUUUGAGGCUGGUGUAGCUAGCACUCCUGCUAGCUCCGCCCCCAGUGAAUCCGGCGAUGUCAAAGUCACCGAAUCCUUCGAGGUUGUCGAUGGUGACGCCAGCCUUGCUCGCAAGAUCGUCGCUCAGGAAAUGGGUGUGGAGGUCUCUGAGAUCACCGACAAGCUCGAUCUCUCCGAGAUGGGUAUGGACUCCCUCAUGAGUCUUACCAUUCUGGGCGCGCUCCGCGAGCAGACCGGCAUCGAUCUCCCGUCUGAGUUCCUAACCACCAAUGUCACGAUCGAAGACAUUGAGAACGAGCUCGGCAUGCGUCCCAAGCCCAAAGUCGAGGCUACUGCCAAGGUUACCUUUAAGACCCCGAAGCCCUCCAAGCCCCAGCUCGCGGAGGUCAACAAAAAGCUAGAGAAGGUUGUCGAUGUCACAAAACUUCCUCCCGCCAACUCUGUUCUGCUCCAGGGUAACGCGAAGGUCGCCACGAAGAAGUUCUUCCUCGUACCCGACGGCUCUGGAAGCGCCACCUCCUACAUUUCCAUUCCCAAUAUCUCUCCCGACAUGGCCGUCUUCGGGCUCAAUUGUCCGUUCAUGAAGUGUCCCGAGAAAUGGACCUGCGGUGUUGAAGGCGUCUCUGCCCUCUACUUGGCCGAGAUCAAGCGCCGUCAACCUCAAGGCCCUUACAUUAUCGGCGGUUGGUCCGCAGGAGGUGUCAUGGCCUACGAAGUCGCUCGCCUGAUCGUUGAAUCUGGUGAGAAGGUCGAGAGCCUCGUCCUCAUCGACGCGCCUUGCCCUGUUGCGCUUGACCCUCUUCCCGCCCGGGGUACUCCCAGCUGGCUACUACCUCACUUUGCAUCGGCCAUCAAGAACCUCAAGGACUAUGACCCAGUUCCGAUGAACCCGAAGAUUGCACCGCCUGUGCUAGCCAUCUGGUGCACUGAUGGCGUGUGCCCCAACCCGGAUGAUCCUCGCCCUCCCCCGGGAGAGGGGGAAGACCCGGCGCCCAUGAAGUGGCUCCUCAACAAUCGUACUGUUUUCGAUGACAACGGCUGGGCACAGCUACUGCCCAAGGAGAAUUUCGAAUACGCCGUCAUGGGCGGCAACCACUUCACGAUGAUGAAGGGUGAUCACGGAGCCACUCUAGGCAAGCUCAUACAGAAAGGAUUGAAACUGUAA